UCCGGAUCAGUGCGGGCGGGGGCGGAGCCCAGCGUGGGUCAAUUGGCCCGGACGGUACCGAGCGGUACCGGGAUGCGGCUGCCGGCGGCGGUUCGGGACCGCGUGGCCGCGGUGCACCGGGGCUCGGCGCUGCCCGAACGGCUGCGGCUCUACGACGGCUGGGCCGCCCGCUACGAGCAGGAUGUGGCGGCUCUGGAGUACCGGGCACCGCAUCUCGCCGCCGCCUCGCUCGCCUUCGCCUUCCCCGCGCCGCAUGCGGGGGCGCGGCUGCUCGACGUGGCAUGUGGCACCGGGCUCGUAGCGCGGGAGCUCCACCGGCGCGGGUUCCGCUGCCUGCACGGCGUGGACGGCAGCGUGGGGAUGCUGGAGCGGGCACGAAGCACCGGGCUCUAUCAGGAGCUGCGGCUGUGCGUCCUGGGCAGGGAGCCGCUGCCCGCGCCCGCAGAGCACUACGACGCCGUGACGGUGGUGGGAGCCCUGGGCGAGGGGCAGGUGCCGAACACGGUGCUGCCGGAGCUGCUGCGGGUCACCAAGCCGGGCGGCUUCCUGUGCCUGACUACGAGGAGCAACCCCUCGAACCUGCGGUACAAGGCGGAGCUGGAGGCAGCUCUGGGGCAGCUGGAGCAGAGAGGAGCCUGGCAGAAGCUGCUGGCCCAGGAAGUGGAGUACUGGGAGAGGGCCACCACCGAGGAGGAGAGUACCCAGGGCACUGGCUACAUCUCCGGGAUGGUCUACAUCUACCAGAAGUGCCCUGUUCCCAACCUCGAGGAGGGCUGAGAGCUAGCACGGCUCUGGAUGGGGGGGACUGAGCCAGCCCUGAGGUGCCAGAGCCUCCACAUCCAGAGUCAAAGCAGCAGUGCCAAGGUGACUCCCAGCUGGAGAGGCUUUCCAAGUGCCACAUCUGCCUUGCAUCCCACAACAGCUGCUUGAAUCUCAUUUUCCCACAGCUUUGUAGUUAAUGUUCAGGGAAGGGAAAUGAGUUUGGAAGGGAUUUGGAGAGCUGGCAGCUGCUCCCCACCCCGGAGCCAUCCAGCACUGCCUGCCCAGCCUGUUUCCCCAGCCCCUUGCUGGGCUGCCUUCACAAUUCCUCCUCCACUGCUCCCUUGGGAAGUUUUUUACUCAAAUCUCUUCCUGGAAUAUUUGGAGUUUUUUUCAUUUUUCCCUUCCCUCAGACCUGUUCCUGCUUAUCCUGUUCCCAUGUUCCUGGAGAAGAGAUUGCAUCCUUCCCCUCAGGAGCUGUUCCUCAGUGUUAGGAAGUGGCUGUGUCUGUCCCUGUUCCUCACCCAGGACAUCCCACAUCUUCCACACUUGCCCUCCUCAUGGCUCUUGUCACCCUUCUGCUUUGUCCCCCAUGUUUUCGGGUCCCUGUGCCCAUCAGUAGCUGUCCUACUGCUCCCUCCCCCUUUGUCUCCAACACUGUCCCCUGGGCAGCUGGGAGUUGUGGCUGUUCCCAGCCCUGCACUUGCCUGUUCAAUAAAGCCCUGUCCCUGCUGACUA